AAGUGACGUCAUUGAUGUGUCAUACUGAAAUACAUUAAGAAAAAAAAGAAGUGUACGCCAUUGUUGUUCUUGUUAAUUAUUAUUUUCAUUUGAUUUUAUAAGAUUUUAAAAUUGCACAUAAAUAUUCUAUUAUUCCAAACAUGGAAGAUCAAGGCGGAAGUUCUGCACCAAGAGUGAGCGAUAAGCGACUUGCACAAACUCAAGCUCAGGUGGAUGAAGUUGUAGGCAUUAUGCGUGUCAAUGUCGAGAAAGUUUUGGAAAGAGACCAAAAGUUGUCCGAUCUAGACAAUCGGGCAGAUGCCUUGCAGCAUGGAGCAGCACAAUUCGAGCAACAGGCUGGAAAACUUAAGAAGAAAAUGUGGUGGCAAAAUUUCAAGAUGAUGCUGAUAAUUGGUGCUAUAGGAGGAGUUGUUCUUAUCAUUAUUAUUGUGUGGGCUACUUCCGGCUCAGGUACUAACAGCAAUGCGAACGCUGCCCCUAUAGCAUCCACCGAGGCUCCAACCAAUUCAGGUCGAUAACUGCAGGAUAAAGUAUGAGAAAUUUGCGAAGUGCACAUGAUUAUCUAGAUCGUUCCAAAAUACGACGACUUUGCUAUUGUAUUUUAUAGUAGCUACAAUAAAACUGACCAAAAUACGACUGAAAUUAAAAUACUAAACUAUUUUUUACUCAAGAUUUUACAAGAAUACACAUUGUAAACUUUACAAAACUACAUUUGAUAUUUGUCUACAAAUUCCUUUUUUUACAAGUAGCACAACAAAUAUAUAGUUGUACUGUUAAGAUAGAAACAAUAUUUUUUGGGAAUAGGAUAAUAUUAUAUUGUUUCAUAAUGAAACUACAAAACAUCUCAUUUUUGUAGUUUCAUUUUGAAUAAAUUCUUCCAAUUGCUAACUUUGUACAGAAUUACCUUGUGAUAAAAUAGUAUUUAAAAUUUAUUACUAAAUUCUAAUGAGAGCUUAUUCAUGGAUGUGCCUAUAAAGCGUUUAAUGUUGAUCUUCAUGGAAGGAUAAAAUAUUUAUACCUACUAAAAAUUAAUUGAAAACAUUUGUUCCUUUACUUUUAUUCUGAAAUUGAAUACUGAAUGAAUCAGUUUAUUCUUAGAAUUAUAAAAAAUCCACAAACCCCAAAUCAUACUACUAUUUUCAGUUAUAUAUAUUUAUGGUUAUUUCCCUUUUGUUUAAUAAGUAAUUCAUUUCGUAUGUUUAUUGUAAUAAUAGUUUCUUGUGCACAAUUAAUGAAAGGGUGUUGAGUUUAGCCACCAUUUUACUUGAUUUGUUAUAAUUUGUGGGGAUUGCACAAAUAGUGGCCAAUGUGGAUGUAAGUUAUGACAUUGAACAGGAGAUUCAUUACCUAUUACUGUACAUUAUGUUAGAAUCAAGAUUUUUAAGAACUGUCUGAAUAGACACUUGUGUCAUUUUGUUUAUGUUCAAGUAAAAGUAUAGUCUCCAAUAUGUCAAUUUUAAUGCUACAUUUUUCCUGUAUUGGUAAUAUAACAGUUUAAGGUGCAUUAUCAUACUGUUAAUUUGUAGUUGGCAACCAAAAUGAUGUAAUUGUGUGGAAGUUAGCUUUUUUUAAUAUAUAAUUGUGAAAGAAGGUGUUAUUUCUAAGGCCAUGUCACAUGUAAUUAGUAUCUAUAUUAUUUUCCUAUCAUCACAAUCAAGAGGGACCAAUAUUUCUUCAAUGUCAUAAUUUCUAUACCACAAUGCCAUUAAAAUAAAUAACUAAAAAUAGGAAAUUAUUUUUUGUUAACCAACAUUAUAAAAUAAUGUAAUUAUACUUAAAAACACAUGUAUGCUAUGCUAAUCUUAGUUGUUUUAUAUUGUAUAAGAAAAAUAAAUGGAUGUAUUCUUCA